UGGACAUGCAGCUGAGCGACUCGCCCCUGGACGUGGACGUCUCGCAGCUGCUGGUGCAGGCGGACGCCACGCCGCUGGAGGACGACCUGGAGCUGACGCUGAGCUUCGGCAAGGACUCGCUCGCGGGGCUGGAGGACCUCGUGCAGGUCCACGUGGACGGCAUGAGGGCCACGUUCGAGGACGCGUGGCUGCCUAAGGCCGCGGAUCUGAAUCAGCUGUAAGAAGAUAUAUAACGUUACUUAAUUAGGAGACAGAGGAGGGUGGGUGCUGAUGGCUGUUGAUGUCGUUGUGGACGGCAGGAUCUUUGAUGAGACGACGGUGGACAAGCUGUACUUGGACUCGACGGUCACGAUCCAGCAGGUGGUGAUCCGCAAUAGCAACCUCUCGUUCCCGACAGCGGUGCUGGGGCUGGAUACGGCUGUGACGACACUGUACGUGGAGAUGGUAGAGUUGGCUGGAGAAGAAAAGGUUUUGGUGCUGACUUGUGCUUUGUUUUGUGGAUGAUAGGAUUCUGGAGUACAAUACGAUCGCGGGGCCGAUUGAGCUGACGGAGGACGAGUUCGCGCAGCUGUCGAACAUUUCGGACUUUAGAACGACUGGGAACACUGUGGAUGCGUCGGAAAGUAGUGGAUUGUCGUGUCUGAAGGAGGAGACGGUCGGUGAGCUGACGUUUUGUAUCGUGGACGACGUUCAAAGUACGGCCACGUCGUUCAGUGCUGGAAGCCCGGACAGUACCAGCAGCAGUGGACCAAGUGAUGGGUCAUUAGAGACGCAGUCGUCCAGCACCUCGAACACUAGCGGUGUGGUGUCGACCACGGCUAUUGUCCUCGCGUGCGCGUGCACAGUGGUGCUGGUCGUGGUGGUCUCCUUCUUCCGUCGAUUCAAGAAGAAGGCGAGCAAGUUUGUGGACGAACGACUGACGUUCUCGAACCAUGAAGACGGACUGCUUACGGGUCGUGCGAGUGAAAAUGGGAGUGAGACGGGAUCAGAACGGGUGCUGACAGGUGAAGCCAAGAUCCUCGCAGACAUGGAUCUCGGCAAGGACGUCGUGGUACUUCACAAGAAGCUGGGCGUUCAAGGCUUGUGGCUGGGCGAGUACAAGGACGCGAAGGUUGUUGCGCUCAAGUUCCUGCCGCGUGAACUGGAGAUGACGUUGCCAGACCUGAAUGCGAUUCGUCUAUCGUACCUUCCGCUUCGGCAUGACAAUAUUGUGCAUUUCUUGGGCUCUUCCUGGACAGAUCGUGAGGAAGUGCUCAUUGUUGUGGAACACAUGUCUAACGGCAGCUUGAGAUCGGUUCUCGCUGAUGAAAAGGUUGAUCUGGUGUGGCCUCAACGCCUACAAAUUGCCAAGGAUAUCACCAGCGCGUUGAGCUUUAUCCGAUCUCUCCGGGGUGUCAAGUUAUCGAGGAACCUGACCGCCAAGAGUGUGCUGCUAGACGCACAAUUCACGUGCAAGCUGGACAUCUUCGACUACGCUUCGAGCCUUCGCACCGACUUGGUGCCUGUGCGAUCCUACGGACAUGGAGACAUCGCAACUCGGGCGCCGGAAUUGCUCAAGGGUGAAGAGAUCACGGCUGCUGCUGAAGUAUACGCGCUUGGUGCCAUCUUCUGUGAGAUCUCGUCGCGCACCAAGCUGUUCGAGCAUGUUUCGGAAGAGCGCGGCCCGACCAUGGCUGACAUUUUUAUUGCCACGGAAGUGGUUGCGCAGCGGCUGAAGCCAACGCCAGCAGAGGACGCCCCUGCUGCAUUCCGUGAGCUGGCAUUACGCUGCCUGGACUACGAUCCCUCCAAGCGACCGAACGUCGGCGAGAUUCUCAGCGUGCUAUCCAAGUAAAAUAUAAGAGCAUGUUGAAUUUCGCUCAAGAAGCAUGAAGAUGCUACUCUUUCUUCACCACAAGCUCAAACUCAUCCGGAGGCUGAGUCCAAGGGAUUUGAUGCAGGCGCUCCGCUAACUGUUGGUAAGGCAGUGUGCGUUGCGCCGUUGUCAUGGCGGCUCGACCGCUGGAACUGGGCAGGACCCAGACCUCGCUGUCU